UAUUCAGCAACAUGCCAGAGUCUUGUUUAGAGUAUUACAUUAAUUAGGUUAAUAUACUAUUACUGUCCAAGUAGAUAUUGUUAUAAACAUGUAUGAGUUUUUCAGUGAAUGUGUCUGCUCAUGUCAUCUUCCCUUUAUUCAUAACACAGUACUGACAUAACAUUACUUUGAACGUCUCUGCUUUAAUCUUUAAUACUGGAGUUACUACAGAUAAUUGAGUAAUGUUUAAGGUUUAGCAUUUAAAUCGCUUUAAAUCCCAGAGUUUUUACCUUAAAGACUUUUUCUUUUUUUGGGAGGGUAAUGUAUUUUUACAUUUCAUAAAUCUAUGUGUUGUUAGUAGUUUCACGUAAAAUACUUUUUGUUAAAUCAAAUUAAUAUUAUACUAUUGCAGCCCAAGUAAAUACAGUUAUUAACGUGCCUGGACAUGUAGUGUUUGUUUAAGUUAUAUCCAGAAUACAAAGUUACAUUUAUACGUGUAAUAGAAGUUACUCCAACAGACUGUGUUUAAUCAGCUGCUGUGAUAAUAAACACUCCGUUAGCAUCAGUCCUCCAGAGAGUCCGAUCACCCGCCGUUCACUGAGCCCGGUACAUUCACUUAACACCGGGGAAGUAACGUCAGCUCCUCCGGCUCCAGGCUGCUCUCUGACCCGGCUCCAGGCUCCUCUCUGACCCGGGACCACCCUCCUCCAUCAGUGAUCCGAGUAAAGAUGGCGACCCGAGUCCUUCAGAGAGUCGGCUGCGGCCUCACACGGACCAAACACGGGCUCCAGGCGGGCGGACGCGUCGCUGUGGCAGCGAGGAGCUUUACAGGUCUACGUGAAGACAGCUGGUUCAAGUCUCUGUUUGUGAGAAAGGUCGACCCCAGAAAAGACGCUCACUCUCAUCUGCUCGCCAAGAAAGAAGACAACAAUCUGUACAAAAUACAGUUUCACAAUGUCAAGCCUGAAUGCCUUGAUGCUUACAAUGAACUCUGUGAGGACGUCUUGCCUUCUAUUCACGCUAACCCUGAAUACCCCUGUGAGCUGGUGGGCACCUGGAACACAUGGUAUGGAGAGCAGGAUCAGGCAGUUCACCUGUGGAGAUAUCGGGGAGGAUACCCGGCUCUCACCGAAGUCAUGAACAAACUCAGGCAGAAUAAGGACUUCACGGACUACAGGACAGAGAGGGGGAAGAUGCUGCUGUCUCGUAGGAACCAGUUGCUGCUGGAGUUCAGUUUCUGGAACGAACCUGGGUCUCGUGAAGGGCCCAACAUCUAUGAGCUCAGAUCGUACCAGCUCAGGCCUGGAACAAUGAUUGAGUGGGGAAAUUACUGGGCGCGUGCUAUUGACAUUCGCCAGCAGAACCACGAGGCGGUGGGAGGCUUUUUCUCUCAGAUAGGGAGUCUGUACACGGUUCAUCACUUAUGGGCUUACAAAGACCUUCAGUCCAGAGAAGACACCAGAAACGCAGCGUGGCAGCGUGAAGGCUGGGACGAGGUUGUUUAUUACACAGUCCCUCUCAUUCAGCACAUGGAGUCUAGAAUAAUGAUUCCCAUGAAGACUUCACCCUUGAAGUAACCAGAGUCACAGAGAAAAACCUCUCAACAGCGACUCCGACUACCACACACAGAUCUGUAGAGAGCGUACCCAACUGUCGGAGUGUGCACUGCCAGGGAUGUGGAUGUGACAUCAACACGUUGUGUUUGGUUUCUGUUUUCUUUCUUUGCUCCUCUUUUCGUGCGUGGGCCUAGAACGUCUGAUUUUGAUGUUGCGCUUGAAUUGAUUUAUCAUCUUAAACUGUAUGUUACUGAAGUUACUGGUUUACUGAUCAUGUAACGCACUGUGUCCUAUCUGACACACUCCUCAUUCUCAGAAUCUCCAUUAUAUAAUAUAUUGUCCUUUUUUUGUUUUUUUAUUUAACGAUUAUCCAGAAAAAUACUGUACCAGUGUUUGAGUGUUAAGAUACAAGGAAGAGAAGUGACUUAGUCGGUUUGAGCAGUUGUAGUGCUCGUCAUCUGGGCUAAAAAUGUAUUUCAUAAAAAUAAAACGUAACCUGACUUGGUUUAAGCCCCGUUGCACUACAGAUAAAAUAAAACGGCCUCCAGUAUCUCACAACAUAAAACUGAACCGAGAGCUCACAGUUCACCGUCAAUAUUAACAGAAUGAGUCUAUUUAAAAGUUACAGAUGGUCAGUUUAACAAACAGGAGUGUGCUGUUUACAAAUCAGUGUUGUAUGAUUAGUAACACUGAUUAAUAGAGUUAGUGGCCUGUGUUGCAAAACUGAUUACUGUGUGCACCAGUGGUUUGUUUUCUUUCUCUAGUGUCCAGAUUUAUAGGUGAUGUGCAGAAUCAGGAGCCGACCACAUCUCCAACAUGAACAUCAAGCUGUGUGUGUGUCGGGGGGUGAUUAAUUAAAACGAUUAGAAAAUGUGUCUUUGAUCAGAACUGAAUCAGUAUCCACAGUACAAACUUCCAUUCAUUGACUGGUUUGGCCUUUCCCUAUAUCAAGAAAUGAAUGAAUGCCAAGCGAGUGAUUGUGAGCAGAGAUUAAUGUUUUUUUAAUGGUCAGAUGAUAGAUACGUAUAUAUAUAUAUAUGUAGUGGGCUUAUUCACCGAGCCAGAGAUAUGGUCGAUCCUGUAUAAAUGAAAUGGGGUUUUCGUAUGUUGAUAAACACGAGGACAGGAGAGGAGUAAAAUAUCUCAGUGUGAUGAACGUGUAAUGCAGUGCUUUAAAAGGUUAGUUGUACAUAUUGAAUUAAAGUUCUGAUGAAAAUCUAAAA